CACAUGUAAUACAUACGUACUGCUCAGAGGCAAAACAGAAAAUCACACACUAAUUUCCGCACAAACCUCUGCGAGAUUCUCAUUUCGCUUCCAGACAUUUCGAUCCGAUGACUUUAUCAAAUUCCUUAUAGAAGAAAAAAAAUCAACGAACGCUUCGCUUUUGUAAUCAAAUCGAGAAUUUAAGCUUCAAAAAUCCAUCCGUAUUUCAUCUGUUCAUUGAAUGCGGAGCCUAAAUUGACAUUGGCUUCUUCCAGAAUUCGGCAACAGAAAAUUUUGUGAAGUCUUCCUAUGGAGGAACCAUGGGGACUCUUUUGUCGUCUACCAGAUGUUUGGUAUUAUCAUGAUCAAAGAGCAAAAGUUCAUAUAACAGCUUAAUGAACAACAUACGGAGGAACAGUCUUGGAGAGAGGAAUGUGGAACAGGCCAUUACAGCCUUAAAGAGAGGAACAUAUCUACUGAAGUAUGGACGCAGAGGAAAGCCAAAGUUCUGCCCUUUUCGUCUUUCUACUGAUGAAACAAGACUGAUAUGGUAUGUUGACAAGGAGGAGAAACAGCUUCAAUUGAGUCAGGUUUCAAGGAUUAUUCCCGGUCAACGAACUGCGAUUUUUCUGCGGUUUCCUAGACCUGAGAAGGAAUAUCAGUCAUUUUCACUUCUAUAUGGCAAAAGUUCCUUGGAUUUGAUCUGCAAAGAUAAGGAAGAGGCAGAAGUCUGGUUUGUUGCUCUCAGGGCUUUGAUAUCUCGGGUUAACUGUCAAAAGUGGACAAGCGAUAUAGGACAUGAUGCCACAUCUUCUGAAGGUUUAACUACUGUGACACAACGAAGUUCUCACUCCGCUUUGUCAAGUAGUAGUGGAAGCAGCAGUACACCCUAUGAGGACCCAAAGAAAAAUCAAUUGGUUUCAGUUCCAUUUCAGAGUCCCCCAAAAAAGAGAUUAGAAAGAGCAUUCUCUGACUUUUUACUGUAUAAUGCAGCCGCACAAUGUUCUUCCCAAAGAGAGUUUGCCGCUUGUUCCCUCAACUCAAGAUCAUACGGGAACUUAGAUGAUGAAAAUGGGCGGAGCUCUGCGGAUACUAUCCGAUUUAGUUUCUCUAGUGCCAUUAGUUCAUCUAGCCAGGGAUCUUCUUCCGCAACUAUUGAUACCCUUUGUGACAUUUUAAUAUGGGGAGAAGGAAUUGGUGAUGGCCUGCUUGGUGGUGGGAUAUGCGGACGUGGAAACUUUGAAGCUGCAAGAAAGGAUGCACGUUUGCCUAAGACCUUGGAAUCAGCUUUACUACUUGAUGCUCAAAAUAUUGCUUGUGGAAGCACACAUGCUGUACUAAUCACAAAGCAAGGAGAAAUCCUUAGUUGGGGAGAGGGGUCAGGUGGCAGACUAGGGCAUGGAGUAGAAUCUGAUGUUUCUAGCCCAAAACCUAUAGACACUCUCUGUGGGUUGAAUGUUACAUCAGCAGCAUGCGGAGAUUAUCAUACUUGUGCCACAACAAUCAGUGGAGAUCUCUAUACAUGGGGUGAAGGUACCUUUAACUUUGGCCUCCUUGGGCAUGAUAGUGGAAUCAGUCACUGGACCCCCAAAAAAGUAAAGGGUCCUUUGGUUGGCAAGCAUGUCUCAUAUGUCUCUUGUGGUCCUUGGCAUUCGGCUGCUAUAACAUCAGUUGGCCAACUUUUUACUUUUGGUGAUGGAACGUUUGGUGCUCUAGGUCAUGGGGAUCGUAGUAGCACUAGCAUUCCUAGGGAAGUUGAAACUCUACAAGGACGAAGAACAGUAACAGUGUCCUGUGGGCAUUGGCACACUGCAGCUGUGGUAGAGUUCUCUUUUGAUGAUUCUAGCUCUAGUAACUCCCCACCUCGGAAGCUUUUCACCUGGGGAAAUGGCGAUGAUGGACAACUUGGACAUGGAGAUAAUGCUUCUAGACUCGCUCCAUGCAACAUUUUACAGUUGGAUGACAUUAACUUCUGUAGAGUAGCCUGUGGCCAUAGUAUUACAGUUGCUCUGACAACAUCAGGACGAGUAUAUACAAUGGGGAAAGCUGAUUAUGGGCAACUAGGAAUUCCUGGAAGUACUGGGAAGUUCCCUUCUCGUGUUCAAGGAAAAAUUACAAAUUGUUUCAUCGAAGAAAUAGCUUGUGGCUCUUUCCAUGUUGUGGCCUUGAGCUCAAACUCUCAGCUUUACACGUGGGGAAAGGGAGGAAAUGGUCAGCUAGGACAUGGGGACAAUCAUGAUAGGAACACUCCUACACUGGUUGAAGCGCUGAAAGCAAAACAAGUAAAGCAUGUGGUCUGCGGAAAUAAUUUUACUGCUGCCAUUUGUCUACACAGAGAAGUGUCUGUUGCUGAUAAUUCCAUUUGUGCUGGAUGCCAGAGUCCAUUUAAUCUCAGACGAAAACGCCAUAACUGCUACAACUGUGGGCUUGUCUUUUGCAAAGUGUGCACCAGUAAAAGAUCCGUAAAAGCUUCUUUGGCUCCAAAAAUGAACAAACCUUAUCGUGUGUGUGAAGAUUGCUUUACUAAAUUGAACAAGGGGUUGGAUACUGGAUUGACUUGUCUACCACCGAAGGCCAUUAUUGGAAGCUUACAGAAGAAUACUGGAGAGAAGGUGAAAGAGGCCUUGCCUUCCAAACAAAAAGGCCUGCUGUCUAGGCUGUCCUCAUUCAAUUCAUUCAAGCAGUCUGACAAUCAACAUCCUAAGAAAAACCAGAAGCAAGAUUUGAACUCUGGCCAGGUCUCUCCAAUCUCCAAUGGCAAUACUCAGUGUGAAGUAUCUCAAACAUCAAGCCCAUUGAUGUCUUUUUCUGAUUGCCCCGAGAAAUUGUCUGUUUCUUUUGUUGGAUCAACAAGUCAUUCUCAAGCUGGCUCUCCUGCUUCUUUGGAAUCAAGUUCAUCUUAUUCUGUGUCACUGAGAUCUGCUAUUGCCGCACAAGCAUAUCACGAAGUGGAUCUUGAUGAUUCAAAGCAAACAAGUGAAAGUCUGAAAAAAGAAAUUUCAAUAUUGAAGGAGCAGGUAGAGAUUCUCACCCAGAGAUCUCUUUUCUUAGAGGCUGAGCUUGAGAAAAAAUCAAAGCAACUUCAAGAGAAAACUGAACAAGCUAGAACUGAAACAGAGAAAAACAAUGCUGCACAGGAAGUCAUCAAAACUCUAAUGAUGCAGGUAAAGGGUACCACUGCAAAAGCACCUAACGAUGCUUCUGCAGAACAUCCGAUCUCACUGAUGACACCUACAGUGCCUUGAACCCUGUUUAUGGAAGGAGUAAACCAACCAGCUAGGAUUUCAUCACACUCCUAUUCUUUUUGCAGUUAUCUGCAGACAACUGAAAAUUUAUGGUAGGUUUCGAGAUUGAUUCUCUACUGAUUUAACUUUUGUAUCAGUGAGUGGUCAAUUAUGCUUUAAAAAAAAAGUGGGUGGUUAUAAUCUGAAUGGAGUCUUCUUGGGGUAUGGAUGUUAUAUGCAUCUCUGUGUAUGUGCAGCUGUAAAUGUCAUUACUGUCUCGGAAAGCGUAUCAGCCGUGAAUACCUGAAAAUAUGAGAUGCACACCACUGAUUCAGGGGAAGGAGUCUUAUUAGCCGUACAACUAAAUGUGAUCCUAAAGAAGCUAUCCCUCUAUCAGAAAGUGUACAUUCAAUUUUGCAUAUAGAGUGGAACUCAUAUCCUUAGUACACAUUAGGAUGAACGGAAGGCUGCUGUUUGUAUGAAUAGGUGAAAGCAAAAUGAAAAUCGCAAUAAUGAUCAAUAGUCUGUGAUACGAACUUCAUCGUUUGAAUUCAUUCAGCUGUUGAAGUAACCCUUUUUUCCACUUCUCGCGUCUUCAUGCUGCUCUCCUUCUCCCAAUUUUGUAGAAAGGUAAGAGCAUUUUGUUUUUUAAAAAAAAAUAAAAAAAAAUCAACACUACGAGUAUUUGAUCAAAUGUAUGAGAGCAACUUAUUCCAGUAGAAUUCGCAGUUCUCGAAUUGUUUACCCGUGUACUUUAUUUAACCAUCAGCAUCUGUGAGUCUAAUUACAACAACGGUAGUGAUCUGGGGAGGGUAGUGUGUAUGCAGCUUUAC